AAGAAAAGAGGGGCCUCCGCCACUACUUUUGUCAAUGAAACCCAUCUAACUUCCGUGCUGUCCUCACUUCCCAUUGACUCUCAUCUACCUCCUCGUCAGUUUUCACACAUCAAGCCUCCCGAUUGUGAUUGCAAGACAUCUACUUAUAUAAUGAUUAUAUCUUUACCAUUGCUAAUGAGCAUGAUCCUGCACACCAAGUAAACCUACACCUCUGGGUGGUGUCGGCAACAACAACGAGAGAAGUUUCUGCAGGUUAAAUUAUUGAUCAGUCAUGGCAGAGAUGGUGAGUUCUGCCAUUGUUGGGGAGACAGUGAAUAGAAUCAUGUCAAGUAUUACUGGCAAGGACGAAGAGAAGUCUAAGGAAAAAGAAAACAUAGAAAGGUUGGAGAUGGCACACAUCAAGAUGGAGGCUGUGCUCCAAGUAUCUGACCGAUGGCAAAUCACCGAGGUGCCACUGCUACGGUGGCGGAGCAAACUUAAGCGCGCUGCUCAGGAAUGCGACGACACUCUGGUAAAAUGCAAGCAGCGUGCCCUGGAAGACGAAGAGGCGAGGCUGCGGGUGAGCCAGUCCUCAUUCCCCAAACGGAUUGCCCAUGCUACCAAGUCGUUGAUAUCUUCUUUCAUUGGAUUUAAUGAUGAGUCAAGCAGGAGCUCUGCUAGUGUCCGAAGAUUCGAGAGGUACGCAAAUGGUGCAAAUGAAUUUCUGAAGACUGUCGAGUGUGGUGGAACGCCAAUGAGGUACACCUUCUUCAUCAACCCUAUCAUCAGACACCUUUUUACAGGGAAGUCUUUAAGGUACCAAGCAUUUCAGGAAGACAAGCUUUUCUACCUAAGCAUACGACCCGUAAGCUCUGCAGAGCGUGGCGUAGAGGCAAUGGUAGGUUUCGCUUGCCAAGACUUCAAGGAGCCUACAAAGGGUUUCUACUUAGCAUGCAUGCUGCGUCUCUCUGAAAGCACUGACAUAUUUGACGUCAUAAUCAAGUGCGUGCAGCCAGUCGCACCCCACUUCAAGUUUGCAGCUGAAGGUAUCAGGAGAGGGCUCAUUCAACUGCCUAUCCAAGAUUUUACCUGGGACUCUCCUUACGGGGAAAGCGAGUUUUGGGCCAAUGUCCACAACACUCUGACAAAAUGGCACCGUCCAAAUCCACUCUGUUGCAAUGAGCAUGGUCAUCAUCGGAUCUCUUCUUCUAGCUCCAGCAACACAACGGCAUCAUCAUCAUGGCUGUUGUCAAAUAUAUUUCCAGAAGAGGUUAUCAACGUGCUUCUGAAGUGGCAUGUCCCGCUAUCUGAUCAGGGCACAAACAAUACAAGUUCAACUUCUGUACAUGGAGGAAGUAGAAGUAUUUCUCAUAAUUCAGAUAUCCCUACUCUGAAGAUAGGAGUUUUGGUCAUGCCCCAUGAAUCUUCAGACGACAUAGACCCUGCAGCCGAUAGCUACGCUUUGGAGGUCAUUGAUGGAGAGGAACAAGGAAUCAUACACGCCAAUGCACACCUGCAGGACUUGGGUGAGAAGUUACUGCCAAAGGCCGCAGAUUACCUUCAUCAGAAUUCUGAAUCGGAGUUGUACCAAUUGUCUUUGAAGUCUAGGCAUGGCACUGCUCACAUUUGUUUGGAGAAGGCAAGCAUACGAAUCCAAUCGGCUGCGAUGGUUAAGAGUGAAGCCGCAAGACGUGCUCAGCAGGACAAAAGCGCAACUCUACAGCAAGACAUGGAGCGAUGGAAGCAGAUAUCUGGUGACCUGCUGAAGUUAUGGGUUGUGCGUGGAUCCGACAAGCUGCAAGGUCUCACUCAUGGCCACUCACAACUUGGCCUAGAUACUGGCUCUGUAUAUGCAUGAAGUUUUCUGAAGAUGAUGCUACCAACAGAUGUGUAGAAAUUAAUGUCGUCAGUCAAUGGCAGCCUUGUGCCACGUGGCAGUGAGACGACAUGGCAUCCUCCUAAUUCUAUCAAACCAUUAUCUUUUUUGUGAUGGACCAUGAUAAGUAUAUAUAGGUUUGUGUAAUAUUUGUAAGAUUGUAGUCAUCGUGUGUGUGCCAAAAAAUUUCUAUUGUACAUGUUCUA